AUGUCACGUUCUUCUGGGAGUAAACAAGAAACUGAAAAUCAACCAACUCUUCGAUCUGGAAUCUAUCUAUUAAUGGUUAAUCCUGACAUUGGUUUAGUAAUUCAUUGGCCUGAAAUAGGAUGUUAUGAAGACAAUGCUUCAUCACAAAAGAAGAAGAAUAUGACUAAUCUUCACAGAUAUCUUACUAAACUCACCGAUCAACAAAUUUGUUUUAUGAGCGAAAAGGAUUUGGAAAAUUUCAAUUGGGGCAUGGAAAAUGAUGAACAAGAUUCAGACGAUGAAGAAAAUAAUAUGUGUUAUGAAUUUGAAGUUAAAAAAAGUCAAGAAGAACAAGAAGAUUUUAAACUACACCCAGGCUUUACGAUUAAUCUUUUAUCCAACGUAAAGAAAGAAUUAGAAAACAAGAUUGACAAUUCAUUAACUCCUAUGGUUGUCGAAUCUGCUUACAACCAAACAUUCAUUACGCGGAAAAAGAUCACGUCCGCCUUCACUAUGAAAAGACUAACCCCAACCAUACACAAAUCCUCGUUUAAGAAAGAAUUCCAAACCCGUGCGCAAGGAUAUGCUAUAGAAAUUGAUCGUAGAAUGAAGAUGAAAGCUUUAGAAUUUUUAAUUAAGAAUGGAUUAGAUCAGGAAAAGGAACUUUUGAGUCCGUUACGGGAUGCCAUCGAUGUAGCAAAAAAGGACAAUGAUUUAAAAAAAGAAAUAGAAAAGAACGCUAUCAAAACAGAUGCCGAACACGUUACAGCUAUGUCACGAGAAAAAGUGAGAGAACUAUACGGUGAAUUUGAACUUCGGUUCAAUAAAACAUCAAUAGAAGCUCCAAAUGUCCAAAUUGAAGAUUCUAUCGUUGAGCGUAUUAAUGCUAAAUAUCCUGAUAUGCAACAGAAAAUUACGAGAGUAACCAAAAUUAAUUCUAAUACCUGGAAAAAAUUAAAGACGCGAUAUUUUUUUGCAAGAUUGAUCACUACCCAAGCAUAUAAAGCAAAUACAGAUACAACUGAUGAGAAUAAAAUCGAGAUUGGUCAAUCUACCCUUAAACUAUUGUAUUCCAUAUUUAUGGAUGAAGAAACUGAUAUGCAUAAAGUUGUUAAAAAAUACACUGAUAAAAAAUACUCUGAAGCUCAAACAGGAUUCAUCAACAUAUUUACUUCAUUUACCUCGCUCUUUUAUUCUAAUUCAAACUCAAAUAUUGAUUCUAGACGCAUAGAUGACUCAUUAAAGGAGGCAGACGAGUUUACCAAGAGGACAAGCGACACUACUUUUAUUCAAACCCUAUAUAAGAAAACUCCCAAUGAAGAAAUUAGACAAGGGAUCAUCGAUGCUUUCUUCCGUGAAUAUUCAAAAUGGAGAAAAGAUACUUUUAUUGCCGACGUCAAAGGAAUUUUACCUAAAAGUUCUGGUCAAUUGGGUAAAGAUAUAGAUCGCAAAUUAGAUGAAGAACUUACAUUAUUGAAGCGAGAGCUGGAAGAUCGUGAAUUUGAAAAAAUAUGCAAAAAAAUUGAAGAAAAUUAUUCAACAGGGCGUAAACUCAAGAUAAUAGACAUCAUUGAAUCCUACUAUUAUACAUCAUUUCACUUCACCUAUGAGAUUGAAACGACACAACCUGAUCAAUUGCAAAUUACUAUUUACGAGACAUCGUUGGAACAAUCUGAUGCCUUUGAAGUACAAGAGAAUGAAUUACAUGUACCUAGACCUAGGUUGUUUACAAACCCUUAUGGACAAGCAGGAACAUCUUUUCACAUUAAUCCAGAUGUGUAUGAAAUGAGCGGAGUGCUAAAUGUUUACGCAUUUGAUGAAGGAUAUACUAAUCUAUUUCCACGCAAUUCAAAUGUUCAAAUAUUACAAUGGUACAACUCUAAGGCCCCAGAUAUACAACAUUUCUUCUUCAUUAAGGAUACUGAAGAAUUAUGCUUUGUGGAAGUUGGAGGACGAGCGCGCAUCUAUAACCUUGUUAAUGGCCAAUUUCGUCCAGGAAUAGGGCAAGUUCCAGCCAAUGCAACAAAUGUCAUGUCUACUCCUGAUGGUGCAUGUAUUGUUGCUUUUGUGAAAGAAACGUUACAAGUAGAACAACCACUUAAAAACGAUGACGAGGAAGAAGAAGAAGAUUCUUCCGAUAUUAAUGACGAUGUUAAUGAAACUACGAGUACUCCAAAAGUUGAAGAAAAAUAUUUCGCGUAUAUAUAUUUCUGUACAAGCUUUGGAAAACCUAAUGCCAACAAAGUCAUCGAAAUGCCUCCAAACAUGCAGUCUUUUGAAUACCACCAGUUUUCUUUCAUCAAUAAACGUCAAAUCCAUAUAACAACUCUUGACAUCGAGAAUGGUUCAUUCUGUUCAUCAAUUGUAAAAAUUACUCUUGAAAAAACACAAUAUCGUUUCCAACAGAGGUCACAAAAAAGAUCUCUGGGUCAAGCAAGACUAUCUACUUCUCGAAAUAAAAACUUUUCUAUUGUUGAAGGGAAGAAUACAAAUUUCACAAGGGAUGUUCGCGAAGGAGAAAUCUUUGUAUUAUCGGGUGAAAAACAUAAUGUAUUAGAGAUUAUUUCAGAUACAAAAUUAAAGAUUUCUAAAUCUUCUCAACCGGCAAACAAUGAAUGGUCGGAAUUCAGAAUUGAGCCAAAAACAAACCUUAACGGUCUUAUCGAUGCCUACAGAAUGAUGUUUGAGAAAUACCCAGUUGACAAUUCUAUUGAUAUAGAACAAACUCGACCUUUAACUUUACAAAUUGCUUUGGAUACGCAGGAUGAUGAUAAAGUUGAAGAUUAUAAAGAUAAAUUUGAAGAUUAUGUGGCCGAAAUGUUUGAAGAGUUAAAACGAUCAACAAAGAAACCGGCUACUUCUCUAAAAAAGUUUACUGUAACGGCUACUAAUUUUAAUGAUUUCAAUGUUGUUGAUUCUAAGUUCCAACGAAAAAAUACCACUGAAUAUCAACUUGGAGAAUGGAUAAUCCAGUUAUCAGUCUUAAUUCCUAUUCAAAUCGCUGUUGCACGCAAUAAUAUGUUCACUCCACUAAGAGAUGGUUUGUCGUCAGAGGUUGAACAUGCAGACCUUGAAGAUGGUUACGCGAGACAUGUUGAUGCAAUUGCGCAAAAUAUAAGUUUUGGAUGGUAUGAAGGCAUAUUUAAACAUUUUGGAAAUCGACAAGUUAAAGUAGUUAGUUCAAUGGGUGAACAAAGUUGUGGAAAAUCUUAUAUGCUAAAUCAUCUGGUUGGAACAACGUUUGACGGUUCUGCGAUGCGUUGCACUGAAGGAGUAUGGAUGUCAUUAGUUAUCACUAAACAAUACUUAUACGUUGCUCUGGAUUUUGAAGGACUCAAAUCCCUUGAACGAACGCCUCAAGAAGGCAUAGAUAUGUCAACAAUGUUUCAAAGGUUCCAAGACGGUGCAACAUUUUUUGAAUCUGAUCCAAAGAUAUUUCAGGCAAAACUUUGUAUCAUUAUUAAAGACGUGCCAAGACAAGAUCGUGAAGACAUUGUUAGAGAGUUUUCGUUAAAAUUUAAUACUUUGGUAGCCGAGGAAGGUGAAGAUAAUUUCAUAACUCGGAUGUACCCUAGUGGAUUGAAUAUCACUCCUUGGCCAAUUUUUAAUGAUUCUGCAUGGUUCAAGAGUUUAAAAGAUCUUAAAAAGCUUCUUGACAAACAAAAACCUAAAUAUGAGAACGCACGUAUAUUUUUGCAAAAUACAAAAGUGAUUAUGGCUAAAUUGAAGAUUUGUGAUUGGGGAUCUUUAGAUGAAAACCUAGUUCAAAUUCGUGUUGCAACACUUAAAAGACUUCUUCCAAUAGCUGUUGCAUUUGGUGUUGAGCAAAAAGAUCAAGUUAUUGAACAUUUAUUGAAUCGUGAUACAGGUCAUUGUAUUACAGAUCCUACUGUUCCAAUAUCUGAUAUAUUUGAAGACUUAGAUAACACAGCAAGUUUACUUCCUGAUGCAGAAAUUUUACUAUUCGAUGAAAGUAAAGACUUUAUUCAACUUUCGGAUUAUCUAAGAGCUUACUUUGAAGAGAAUAUACAACAACGUAAAGAGGCGCAGAAUGAUAGUAUAUGGUUUAACCAUUUGGGAAAAUUCUUUAAAUAUAUUGUUGAACGUCGAGUCUUGCGUGUUCAAGAAUGGUUUACACAAAAUACUGAUAAAUUUCCGCAGGAUAAUAGUGAUGUUGUGAUUGGCCGAUAUGCAGUUGAACAAGAAAUGAAUAAGCUUACAAUUCUUUGGACAUUAUGUGGUCUUACUUGCAAUGAUUGCAACCUUAAAUGUUUAGAAAAUCGUGAUCAUGAAGGAGGACAUAAUUGUCUGACUGAUCAUACAUGCCACACUACUUGCCAAUUUACUGAAGCACAUAUCGAUAAAAAUCACAUCCCACUAUGUAGUCACAAAGCUGGUCAUGAAGGAAAACAUGCAUGUUCGCAGAUCAGCCACUUGUGUGGAAAACCUUGUCGCUUUUCAGAUAAACGAAAUUGUCAAAAAAGGUGUUCUAAGGAGAUUGGUCAUGAAGAUGACGAUGAAGACCAUUUAUGUCAAUCUCCACGUCAUUAUUGUGGAGCACCAUGCUCGUUAGUUACCAACACAUCAAAGGGUGAUUAUAAUUGUCCUAACAAAUGUAUUAUACCAUGCGAAGAGCAGCACGAUUCUCAUAGGUGCGAAAAUGAAACGUGUCCUAUUCCAUGUCCGAUGAAAGAUUGUCAACGACGUUGCAAAAGCGACGAUCAUUUUCAUGCCUACUCUGGAAUUUCUGUCAAUCACUUUUGUGGGAAUGAACAUCAAUGCCAAGAAUCGUGUGAAGAUCCUGGAUUAUGUAAAGUCCAAACUGAGCCGAAGAAACAAGAAGAAGUCUAUAAGGGACUUGUUGAAAAUACCUCAAUUACUUUUAUCAAGUAUAUUCAAGUAAGUGAGAGGUUACAGUGUAGUAGAAAGAUUCCACCAGGCUCAUUCAGUCAUACGGGAAAGCACUCCCAUGAUCCAAAUGGAGAAGGUGUACAUUAUUGCGAUAAAAAGUGCAGCUUUUGUGAAUAUUACUGUACUUUGCCCUAUGGACAUAUACAAACCUUACAUGAAACACGCCAUGGAAAUAUGAUCCAAACAGAAUUCACUGCAGAAGAUAACGAGUUUGAAUAUGGAGGACAUCGACACAUUGACUAUUGUCAAAACCCGGAUGCAUGUAAAUUCAGCACAAAUCAGAAUCAAGAUAUCCAGCAUAUCGAUGGUCGAGUUCAUCCUAAUCCAGAUGAAUCGAAAGAUUUUAUAUCUCACCGGCUCUUUUGGGAACGUACUGGUUUUAAAGAUCCGUACACUGCUCAAGAACAACAGGAAUUUUCUAGAUGCGAUCAUGAAUGUAAAGAUGAAAAACAUCAUAAAUCACAAAAUCCAAAUGGUCCACCUCCAUCAAAGUCCUAUUGUGAAUUGCAACUUUUCCACGCUCCAGUUGACCCAUCUCAAAAUCCACCAAAUGGAUAUGGAUAUGUUUCUUUAGACGGGCACCACUUUAAUUGCGAAAAUCCAAGUACAAGAGAAGCUGCAUUUCACAUAAUUUUUGUUUUAGAUCGGUCUGGAUCUAUGAAUGAACGUGAUAGGAGGCCACUUCAAAAUACACCAAUUUAUAAUACUCUUACCCAAACUCAUAAUAAUAGGCUUGGUGCUGUUUAUAAUGCAGUUCAUUCAUUCUUAACUACACGAUUUACAACACAAAAUGCACUAUCUACUACACUUAAUACUGUUGCAGCUUCUCGAGAUACAAUUUCUUUAGUCCUUUUUGACCAUGAAGUAGUCGUUGGAAUUGAAAAUGAGCCAUUAUCCAAUCAUAAUAGCUUUAUAAACACUAUGCUUCAAUAUAAUGCAAGAGGCGGAACCGAUUUUAAUAAAGCGAUUCAGAAGGCCGGAUUUUUAAUUGAAAAACAUUUUGAUCCCACCAAAACGAGUGUUGUCAUAUUUUGUUCAGAUGGAGAGUGCGGAAUACCAGAUGGGCAACUAAAUCAUAUUUGUUCGAAAAAUAAAGAAAGAGGAUCUCCUAUAUUCCUCCAAACUAUUUUGUUCAGCAGUAAUUCAAUGAGUCCAUCAUUGCAAAAAAUGGCAGACAUUGCACAAAAAUAUCUUCCACAGCAAACCUCUUCGGGGUCGUUAAAAUGCCAAUUCACAAGAGCUAUUGAUGAGGUUAACCUAGUUAAUACUUUUACUGGAGUAGCAGAAAGUUUAAGAAAACAUAAGCCAGCAUUGUUAAGAAAGAACAUAUAA